ACCCUGCUAUCCUUGACCUUACCUGCGGCCUGGGUGGACCAGGACAGCGAAACAAACACACAGGUCUUCCUCUUGAUAUGCUGCACCGCAGUAUGGCAUCGAGCGGCUAUUUGAAAGCGGUGAUGCUGCUCUUAGCCGUGCAACUGCUGUCUUUUAGUCCAGGUUUUGGCGAGCAGGAGACAGGGACGGUAAUACCUGCCGAAAGUCGUCCCUGUGUGGACUGUCAUGCAUUUGAAUUCAUGCAGAGGGCACUGCAAGACCUCAAGAAGACUGCUUUCAACCUCGAUGCCCAGACUGAGACCCUGGUGUUGAGGGCAGAGAGGCGAGCCCUGUGUGAAUGCAUGCCCACUAAUACCCUGCACUGAGUUAAGUAGUGAUGUGACCUCACCAUGGCAACCGACUCCACACCCACAAUUACCGGACACCUUCUUUAAACUACUACAAACAAUGCCUGGACUAGACAGAUGUCUCUGAGCCUUCUUCUAUGGAAUAUUGUAAAAAAAUAAUAGAAGUUAAAUCAUUUGUACAAAAUGCACUUUAUUUUCUUUGCUAGCAUAUCAGUAUUGAUAUUGCAGUGGUUUAAUUGUAAUUUGAAUAUAAGAUUUUAUUUGAUGAGUUCGGAAAACCAGCGAGCGUUACUAUGUCAUGUAGGGCAACGCAAACUACACCUCAUGUCCCUCUUGGUCAUAUGUGAGGUUUUGAAACACAAAUCUAGAUCAUUUUAGGUAGUUCUGUAUGUACAUUCAAUGAACAGACGUCUUUAUAAAAUGUGUUUCAAAAUAUCAGUGAUCUUCAAGAUGAUUCACAUAUAUACCUGGCAGUGGUCUUGAAUUCAAAGGAGCUGGUAAUUCAUAAUAACACCCAUAUCAUUUUAAGAAAGUGUCUUGGAAAGUGUUUUUAUAGUCAUGGGAACACCAGGCUUUAGAAUAAGUGUUCUUUUUAGGUCUCUAUGUGGUACCAUACACCCUUGCUGCAUGAAUAUAAGGUAUAGACCUACACCCAUCUCAAUCAGUUAUAACAAAUGUAAUUUGAUCAAAUUUUUAUUGCUGAGAAUUUUCCUGCAGAUGAGCUUUGUGAUUUGCGUCCAUUCACUGAAAACCCACAUUAACACACAGUUAUAUAUAUUUUUUAUUUAACUAGCUGCUUUUAGUAAUGUCUUGUAUGUUCUAUUUGGUAUUAGUCAUUAUUCUAUAUUUUAUCAGUAUGUAUGCCUUUCUGAUAUCCUUACAGUGGUUGUGGAAAUGACUAAAGCCCAAUCCCAAGUAUACUGAACAAAAAUAUAAAUGCAACAUGCAACAAUCUCAAAGAUUUUACUCACUUACAGUGCAAAUAAGGAAAUCAGUCAAUUGAAAUAAAUUCAUUAGGCCCUAAUCUAUGGAUUUCACAUGACUGGG